GGCGGCCAGUGCAGCCGCAGGAGAGCCGCGAGCCGGACAUGGAGGCCAGCGACGUGUGGGGUCAGAUCGCCCUGGAGGGCGCGCAGGUCUACAUCACCGAGGGGUCCGGGGCCACAGUACGCAGCCACUUCCAUAACACGACGAUCGAGAAGCUGCCGGACAAGGUGCUGCUGCACAUUUUCUCGUACCUGUCGCACCGCGAGAUAUGCCGCAUGGCGCGCGUCUGCCGCAAGUGGCGCAUCAUCGCCUACGACACGCGCCUCUGGAAGAGCGUCUCACUGCGCCCAGAGAUCUCCGGCCUGCACGUCAGCUCGCUGGAGUCCCUGCUGGCCCUCAUCAGCGUGAGGUUCGGGCCGUCGCUGCGCUACAUCGAGCUGCCCAUCGAGCUGAUCACGCACACGGUGCUGCACGAGCUGGCCAACAAGUGCCCCAACCUGACGCACAUGCUGCUCGACUUCUCCACCGCCAUGCAGCUGCACGACUUCAGCGAGAUGCAGGCAUUCCCUACAAAACUCAGGUACAUGUGCAUCUGCCUUUCGGAAGUGAUCUUCAUGGAGGGUUUCAUGAGGAAAAUAUACAACUUCAUCAAUGGCUUGGAAAUCCUACACCUAAUAGGCACGUAUGAGAAAGUUGAGGAGGAAGAGGAGGAAAUCUAUGAAGUAAUAAACGUGCACAAACUGAAAUCAGCAACCCCCAACCUGCGGGUGAUCAACUUGUAUGGCAUUAACUUCGUAGAUGACAGUCACAUAGAAGCUUUCAGUUCAAACUGCAUACAGCUUGAAUGUCUGGCGGUGAACUUCUGUGCCAAGGUGACUGGGUCAUGUUUGAAAACUUUAUUCCAACGCAGCCGCAGGCUUCGAUGUUUACUUAUGAACCAAACAAGCUUGCAGAGUGAACAUGUGAUGCAAGUGGAGUGGGAGAAGGCCAACAUUCAAGAACUUGAUAUAACAGCAACAGAUCUGUCAACCGAGUGCCUCAUUGAUAUGCUCACACGCAUUCCCGGACUACGUUUUCUGUCUGCUGGCCAGAUCAAUGGAUUUAAUGAUUCGGUUCUGAAGGCAUACAUGGAACUUGGAAAUCCACGUUCAUUGAUUGCCUUGGACUUGGACAGCUCAGAUAAUUUGACUGAUGAUGCUCUCCACAAAUUCCUUUCUCGCCAUGGACAUCAGCUGUGGGGAAUAGCACUCUCUGGAAUGCCUCACAUCACUGAUCAACUGUGGAUGUCAGUACUUCCCAUUCUCACAAAUGCCAAGAUCAUUGUUAUGGGCACCCCUGAGCGCCUAGGAGUAAACAUCCACGUUGAUCAGUUAAUGGAUGGUAUAGCUAAUAACUGUCCGAACUUGGAACGACUGGAGCUACGCUGGGAUCCAGAGAACUUACGGUUUUCUGACAAGAGCCAAAAAGCCAUAGACAUCUUGCGUGUCAAAUGCCUCAAACUCCGUUGCCUUGUGCUCAGCGAUGGCAGAUACUAUGAGGUGGUGAAAGCAAACUUCGAACGUGCUGAUCGUACUACUGUAGUUCGCACAACCACAAACUGCCGUAUCUCCAAUUACUACCUACUUAAUAACUACAAAGACCUUAUAUUCAACUGAUUUUACAGAUAAAAUAAGUUAAUGUCUCAAAUAAUUAGUUAAAUUUAUUACUCAUUAAUAAUGGCAGAAAAUAUAUUUUUGAAACAAGUAUUGACUGAUUACAAUAAUCUCUUCCACCCAUUCACCUCAUUGACAGAUGUACUGAUUACAGCUGUGAUAUGCAUGUAACAUAAUAUCAACUGUCUGUAAGAUUUAGUAGCUGAUUCUCAUAGUACAAAUGCAGACAAUACUAAAUAAACCUCAUCUGAGAGUUGUGAAAAACUUUCAAAAGAGGUAGAAACAAGCAUUUAUUAUGUGCACUAUUAAAAUUAAAAUGCUAUGGAUGAGUCACAUAAAAAAAAUCAGCUGAAAAUAGAUAGAUUGUGAUACAAGAAACUGACAAAAUGAAAACUGUACGUUAUAAACUAGGAAACAGAGUACAAAUAUUUAGAUCUGAGCUUUAACAAAUGUCUUUUGUACUGAAGUUAAUCUGAUUUGAAAAUAUAUGAAAAGUGAAACUGGAAACAUUUUUCUGCCAUCUGAAAAUGAGGAAAAUUGAUGUGAAAAAUCCAAGUAGAUUCUUCCAAGAAAUGCAAGCACUCAUAGAAGUGAUUUUCUGCUUGGUUUAAUCAUUUUUUAUAGAAUUCAAACCAUAAAUUCUAUAUUGUCAUCAAAACAUACUCGUAUCUCAUAAACUGUUGUUGUGAUUUCAAAUGGAGCAAAAUGAGAUUUCAGUGUAAUGUAUGGAAUAAACAUUACUCUCAAACUUAUAUUAUUGCUCAAGAUAAGACUUAAAUGUCAAAUAAAUGCACAUUGUUGUACAAUAAUGUCAAUCAUUUUAUAGAAAGUGUGUUUAAGUGGUCAGUAUUUGUCAGUGCCUUACCAGUACCAUAUAUUUAUAUUUUUGGUUGUAAGGUGUAACCAAACUUAUAUUAUUGCUCAAGAUAAGACUUAAAUGUCAAAUAAAUGCACAUUGUUGUACAAUAAUGUCAAUCAUUUUAUAGAAAGUGUGUUUAAGUGGUCAGUAUUUGUCAGUGCCUUACCAGUACCAUAUAUUUAUAUUUUUGGUUGUAAGGUGUAACCUAUACAUCAGAAGUUCAGCAUUGGUACUGAUGUUUUUGUAUUUUGUUACUCUGAUUCAUGUAACUUUUAUGCUGAUUCUCCAGGUGAAUGGUUGAAAUUUUCAAAUGCAAUAAAAUUCAUAAUACAUUUUGUAAGUCAUAGUGAUUUUUCUUAAAAUACAUAAUUUUGGAAAAAAUGUUAGCCUUGUAAUAUUAACUGAGUUUGUUUUCCCACCCCAGCAUAAAAUGUCUCACUUACAUGAACUAUUUAAGUAAUAAGUACAUAAUAUUGUAACAGAAAAAAAUCAUAUUAUCUUGGAAGCAAGAUUACCACACAAUAAAGUUACUGUGUUCUGGAAGAUGAGGGUUUCUAUUAUUUUUAUAACAUACUGUAUAUGAAAAUGACUUCAAUAAAUUUUUUGAUUUA